CCCUCUAUUCCUCACCUUCUCUCUAUAUUCUAUUGGACUUGGGCAGUGCAUGAUGCUUCCCACGACCACACACAAUUUCGCAUUGGAACCCUUUCAUGCAACAUCCAUCAUCUUCUUCUCCUUGUUCUUCUUCAUAUCAUCCAAGACCUUGCUUAUUUUUACCUUGCUACAUUUUGAGACUGUGCAUAAGGAAUUGGGAUCCAAGGCAAAAGAGGUUGGCGUUUUGUAUGAUUUGGACCUUAUUGGUAAGGUCUUCUUUGCUUUUACUUUACUCUUCCUGGUUUGCGUUUGGCGAUUUGCUUGUAUCACUCGGGAACGGACCGGUUGAAUUUAGGGGGGGGAGCAAGGAACAACAAACUUGAUACCAUUUUUGUACAGGUGUCCCCUUUGAGUGUUUUUAUGUUGAUGUCUCAGAAGAAUCGAAGUGAGCUGAUAUACUAC